AAGGUAGCAGCUGUAUUCGCAUAUUUUCUAUAGCACAACGCUCACUUUAUUAUUAUAACUGCCGUUCGAAUAUCAAAAGAGGCAGCUGUUUCCUUCCACCGCGUGUGCGAACGGUUUUAGUCCAGUUCCUGUAUACCAACACCAUGGAAGGAUGUGAAUACGUUUAAUAACAAAUAAUUUUUGUUUCAUUGAAUUAUUUUAAGAAAUUGAAAUAUUUUUUAAGCCAAAAUUAUAAUUAACUUAUAUUGUAUUAAGCUAACUUUCAUGUAAUUUUUCUUAUAAAAUGAAAAUAUUUGUACUUUAAUAAUUAAAUACAACGAAUAAACGUUAAAAGAAUAAUACAUUUUUACAUCAAGUGCAAAAUAUACUUUUUGGUAUGACGGAAGUGUUUAAGUCAAAAGAAAUUGUGUUACAAGUUCAAAAAAAAUUCUUAAGUAAAGUAACAAAUAAAAAUGUGGUUAAACUUUUUAUCGAUGAUCGAAAUGCUAAUAUUUUGGAUAACUUAUACAGGCUAACAAAGUUAUAUACUGGAAAUAAAAAGGAUUCUGAAAAACUUACAAAAAAUAUUAUAAAAAUAAUAGUGAAAUUAGGUAUAUUAUAUAGAAAUGAUCAAUUCAACAAAAGCGAAUUAGUAUUGGCUCACGAUUUUAAAUACAAAUUUAAAGAGCUCACUAUGAUCUCUGUGAGUUUCUAUGAAAUAGAUUUUAGUUACGAUAGAAAUUACUUGAUCAAUAACUUAUUUACUUGUCGUGAAAUGCUAAAGCAACUAACUAAAAGACACCUUACGGAUAAAACAAUGACAAGGAUAGAUAAAAUAUUUGAUUUUUUCACUGAUCCAUUCUUUCUAGAUUUAGUUUUUAAACGAGAUAACAAAUUGACACCAACUGUAAAAUUAUUGAUAGAUGGAUUAAAAGAAUCUUUGGAUAAAGAGUUUUGAUAGCUAUACCAAUUUUCAACAAAUUAUUAUAAAAAAAAGGCCUACGUGUUUAAUUACUCGUGAAAUUAACACACGCAAUGUUCAUUCAGUAAAUUAUAUUGUAUUUUCAAAUUUAAUUUAUUCAAACUUAAGAUGUUCAAUAUUUAUUAUUUUAUUUUUAUUAUUCACAUUUAAGCAUAGAAGAAGUGUAAAAUAUAAAUAGUAAGUUAAUUUCGAGGCAAUUUAUUUAAAAAAAAAUUAGUUUUCUUAAAAAAAAAAUACUAAAUUUAACAUAUGUAUUUUCUGGUAUGAUUUGGAUAUAAUAAAUUGUAUACAUAUUUUUUAUUAUUGUCAUAAUAUUAGUAAUUUAAUUAUGUAGGAUGUACCACCGUGUCCUGACACCCUUAAAAACUUUUAAUCCAGUGAAUAUUUUGUGUUCCUUUUUUUUUUAAUAAUUUUUACAGUUUAGAUUGCGUAAAAAACAUUAUUUUAACGUAGUCAAAAACUGUAAACAAAAUAGUAAAUUAUUGUAAAAUGUUGUAAAAUAUCAUUAAAUCGAAAGUUAUUAAGUAUGUCAGAACAUGGUGGGACACUAUACAGUAUACUUUCAAAUUAUCGAUUAAAAUUUUACCAAUAUAAUUUUUUUAUAAAUUUUACAAAUUGCUUUGUGUUAUAAAAUAUGAAGACAGCACAUAUUUGUGAGGACUAUUUGUACAGUGGCAAGAGAUAAUUCCAUUCGAUAUAGUGAUAGACAUCCGUCCUAUCCAAAAAUAUUACUAAGGAUAUAUUUUUAUUCACAAAGAAUCUAAUUAUAUUCUAUUUAGCUUAGCGAAUAAUACAAAUCUAUAAAAUUAAAUUUUAUUAUUAUUGCUACACCUUAUAUAAAUAAUUUAUUAAUAUUCUAUAUUUUGUUUAUUAUUUAAUAAAUUUGAGAUUAUAAUCACAAAGAA